GGAAACAGAGAAGAUGCAUGGAGAACUCGGAACAGAGAACCCGGUAGAGAAAUGUUGAGGAGAUCACUCUCCUUUCUCCCGCGGAGACCCUUCUCCUCCACACCCGAAAUUCCAUCCCUCUACUCCUUCCUCCAACCUUCCAUAUUCGCCCUCAAGAAAACCCCAUCACCACCGCCUCCAGCAUCCCCAGACCAACCUCCGCGAGCCCUGACCCCAGAUCACAUAGCCACGCUAGAGGCCAACCUCCAUCAGUCCCUCCUCACCAGCAACACCGAUGAGGCGUGGAAAUCCUUCAAGACCCUCACCAGUAACACUGUCUUCCCAAGUAAGUCCCUCACCAAUUCUCUCAUCACUCACUUGUCCUCCCUCAACGACAUUCACAAUCUCAAGAGGGCUUUUGCCUCUGUGGUCUAUCUUAUAGAGAAGAAGCCUCAGUUGUUGGAUUUUGAAACGCUUGGAAAUUUAUUGAGUGGCAUGAAAUGUGCCAACACUGCUGCCCCUGCUUUUGCUUUGAUAAAGUGUAUGCUAAAAAAUAGGUAUUUUGUUCCCUUUGGGUUAUGGGGGAGUGCGCUUGUUGAAAUAAGUAGGAAAAAUGGUAACUUUGUCGCAUUUUUGCGGGUUUUCGAAGAAAAUUGUAGGAUUUCUUUGGAUGAGAAGUUGGAUUUUAUGAAACCUGACCUGCCCGCUUGUAAUGCGGCAUUGGAAGGGUGUUGCCGUGAACUAGAAUCAGUGAGCGAUGCUGAGAAUGUUGUUGAAACAAUGUCCGUUUUGGGUAUUAGGCCAGAUGAAUCGAGUUUUGGUUCUCUUGCUUAUUUGUAUGCACUUAAGGGGCUUGGAGAAAAGAUAAUUGAGUUGGAAGGUUUGAUGGAUGGAUUUGGUUUUUCAAACAAAAGUGCCUUUUUCAUCAAUUUGGUUAGUGGGUACAUAAAGUCGGGCAAUUUAGAAUAUGUGUCUGCAACUAUUCUGCAUUGUUGUGAAGAUUCAAAGUUUGGUGAAGAAACUUAUCGUGAAGUGGUUAAUGGAUUUCUUAACAAUGGGAGUGUCAAGAGUUUAGCGACUUUGAUCAUUGAAGCUCAAAAGUUAGAGCCUUCGUCGGUUUUGCUUGAUAGAUCUGUGGGCUAUGGUAUUGUUAAUGCUUGUGUUAACCUUGGAUUAUCAGAUAAGGCACGCAGCAUUCUCGAGGAGAUGGAUGCUCAGGGAGGAUCCGUAGGGCUUGGGGUGUAUGUUCCGAUCUUGAAGGCUUACCGCAAAGAGCAUCGAACAGCUGAAGCUACUCAACUGGUUAUGGAAAUUACCAAUUCAGGCCUUCAGUUGGAUUUAGAAACCUAUGAUUCUUUGAUUGAAGCAUCCAUGUCAAGCCAAGAUUUUCAGUCGGCUUUUUCUUUGUUCAGGGACAUGAGAGAAGCAAGAGUACCUGACCUUAAGGGGAGUUACUUAACUAUAAUGACUGGCUUAAUGGAGAAUCAUCGGCCUGAGUUGAUGGCUGCGUUCUUAGAUGAGGUUGUUGAGGAUCCUCGAAUUGAAGUGGCAACCCAUGACUGGAACUCAAUUAUUCAUGCUUUUUGUAAAGCAGGGCGAUUAGAAGAUGCAAGGAGGACUUUCAGAAGGAUGAUAUUCCUGCAGUUCGAACCAAAUGACCAGACAUAUUUGUCCCUAAUCAAUGGAUAUGUGACUAUAGAGAAAUAUUUCAGCGUCUUGAUGCUGUGGAAUGAGGUUAAACGAAAAGUUUCAAAUGAUGGGCAGAAGGGAGUCAAAUUUGAUCACAAUUUGGUGGAUGCAUUCCUUUAUGCUCUGGUUAAGGGAGGUUUCUUUGAUGCAGUGAUGCAAGUUGUGGAGAAAACUCAGGAAAUGAAGAUCUUUGUGGAUAAGUGGAGGUAUAAGCAAGCAUUUAUGGAGACCCAUAAAAAGCUCAAAGUGGCAAAACUGAGGAAGAGGAACUUUCGAAAAAUGGAAGCACUUGUUGCUUUCAAGAAUUGGGCUGGCCUCAAUGCAUGAGCUUUAACUGGGUGUGGUAUGUCAUCCGUUCUAGCUUCUGCUGACAGUCCUGGCUGCUGAGCAACCAAUUUCUUUUGAUGGACUUUAAGGCAGAGGAACAUGAAAACUAGCUUGCUCUUUCAAAAACCGAGCUGGUUUGGAUGGAUGCAUGCAACGGAUGUUCCUGAUGCUUGUGCCGUUGACAAAGGCUGCUAUUCACAAUGCAGGGAGAAAGCGCGUGCUUGGAACUUUAAUGCAGAUGAAAGAAAGAUCUAAUUGCUUUUUUGAAUUCCCCAAGUCCUCUAUUCGUGAUACAAGCUCAAGGCUAUAGCAACACAGGAUACGAUCGUGACAGUUAACGAGGGUUGAAUUUCAGAACUAGUUUAAUGAAUCGACUUGCUCGGGAAGUUUAGCCGUUGAUUGGUGUCCUAAAAUUUAUUUCAAUAAUUUUUUUGGGAAUAUGUUAACUAUUAGGUGUAACUGGAGGGAAUCAGUUAAGAGGGUUUACAGUUAACCUAACCUUAAUUCGGCUGGGAGUUCUCAAAGCUGGUCAGCUUCACUGGGAAUGCAGAACAACUCAUAUACAUGUUUCGCUGGAACCCAAUACGGGAAAACUACUGUCUUGUCUUACUACUGUUUGUCUCUUAUUUUAUUUCUUUGGGUUAAAUUUUUAGUCUGAAACUCUCACGUUUUUUUGCCCAAAUAUAGCAGGAAUUGAAAUCCAGUUAUUGUGAAUCUAAGCAGUUGCAUGCGCAGCAUGAUUUUCAUUCGGAGAAAUGAUAUUUGUAGUCGUGGUUGUGCAAGUGGCGUUCAGUCGUUUUGAAAAAAAUGAAUUUAUAUGAGAUCUAUAUGAAAAAAAAAUUAAUUUUUUAAUCGUAGAUUUCACUCUUUUUCAAAACGAUUAUGCAGUGUUUGUAAUUUUACGUAGCAUUGCUAUUUCAUUCGUGGUUUCAUAUUAUUGAAAUUAGAUCAGUAAGGGGUAAAUUUUAACCUGCAUCGGUUGGUUGGCUUGCUUAGUACGUGGGUGUGUUUGCAUUGGAAACUUUUAAAAGAAUAAAUUUCCUUUUUCAUUUUGUAAGCUCUCGUCAGCUUUUUGUGUUCUGGGAUUUAUAAGAUCGUCCACAAUCCGUGUAAUUUAGACCCCACCUGGCAGCAAUGUCUAAACGCAACUGCGAUCUUAUAGCCCACUAUUUGGUGUCGAUUUUCCUCUUUAGUCCUUCUACUCAUGAAAAUGCAUACUGCUUUGUAGCUAGAGCCCACAAAAGAUGGGCACAACUUUUUAGGAACAGAAAAGGAAAAAGAAGACAACGUUGAAAAAUGAUCACCUCCACCGAAAAGAACUCUAGCCAUCUCUGCCCAUAUCUUUUCAAUAUCAAAUACUCUAGUGGAGCCUUGAAAUACUUGCUUCAUAUUUUAUGUUUGAACCUCUCAAACUGUUCCAAAACCCUCACCAAUGUCACUCACCUCUAGUGCUUGGAUCUUCUUGAACAUCCUGCUCUUGCUCCCAUUAGUUACCCCAGUCUCUACCGCUUCCCACGCCAUCCCAAUCAAUGGUACAUGUCAUGACACAUGCGGCACAAUCCCCAUAAAGUUCCCAUUCGGCACCGGUUUUGGAUGUGGGCAUCCUGACUUUGCCAGGUACAUAAAAUGCAGCUCCGGCACGCUCCAGUUCUCUACUGGCACUGGCAUUUACACUAUUUCCUCCAUCGACUACCCGAGCAGCACCAUAUUUGUUACAGACCCUCUCAUGUCAACUUGUUCUUCAAUGCAAAACUCUGGGAGCUUCAGCUUAGACAGGGCAAGCCCCUUCACUAUAACUGAAGAUGAUAUCUUUGUUUUACUCGGUUGCUCUACAACCUCUCCUGUGUUUGAUCUUGAUGAAGAGCUUUGUGAUACUGGCUCAGGUUCUCGUAUCUGUAGAGGGCUGUAUUCUUGCAAGGGAGUGAGUGGCAUUGGACUGCCACAAAAUGCGCCCAUUUCCACAUGUUGUGUUUAUGAAUCUCCGAGAGGCCUUGGGUCAGGUUAUGCUUUGGACCUUCCUAAGCUCCAGUGUUCAUCAUAUACAUCAAUAUCUGGGUUUGGGGAUGAUGCUGGGGAUCCGAUGCAAUGGAAAUUUGGAAUCUCUUUGCAAUAUAAUGAUUCGUAUUCUUCUGAUAAGUGUAAGGAUUGUGAAGCAAGUGGGGGUUUGUGCGGUUUUGCUGGCUUGGACCAGUCAUUUGCCUGUAUUUGUAGAAAUGGGGUGAACAGCAGCAACAACUGCCUCGGACGAGGGUUUGCUUGGAGUGGGACAGUGGGACUAAAAAUUCAAAUGGAGAUGGUUCUUGGAGGAUUUUGGUUCUUGUGGAUGUUGCUAUUACUUUGAAGCUGUUGGGAUACCUAAAAAACUUUUGGGAUUCAAGUUUCGAAGUGCUGAAGGGCUUAUUGGAAAAGCUUAUCUCACAAUCCUGGGGAAAGAAGUGACAUAGUUUCCAUGUGGAAUUCAUACGGUCCUCGAGAAAUUGUUCGCAAAGAUCUCAACACUUUUGAGCCUAGCUAUAUUGCGACUUCAAUGAUUUUAUGAACCUUUUAAGAAGAGCAUUGAGAUAAUUCGUUAUGGUUGGAUGGCAGCUGUUAACUAUUUAAUUUAAACGUUAUAUAUUCUAUUGUUUUGUUUUGACGCAA